AUGCAGAGGGUCUCGCAGCUCGCGCUCUGCCGCCUCCUGUCGCCGCCGUCCGCCACCGCAGCCGUUCGCCGGGCCGCGCUGGUUGCUGCGGAGGCUGUUUCCGGCGGGGGUGGCGUCCUCCUACCUAGGGGUGGUGUCGCCGGGGUAGCGGCGAACGGAUGGAGUGGCAGCGGCCCGGGGCUCCGAUUGGCUCGAAGGCUCUGCACCUACGACGAGAGAGAUGACAGGGCACUUGAAGAAGAAGCUGAGAAGAAAUUUGGAUGGAUAUUGAAGAUAUUCUUCCUAGGAACUGCUGGCCUAGUUGGUUACCAAUUCUUUCCGUACAUGGGGGAUAACCUACUUCAGCAAUCUAUCUCGCUUUUGCGUGUCAAGGAUCCCUUGUUCAAGAGGAUGGGAGCUUCCCGUUUAGCUCGUUUUGCAGUGGAUGACCAAAGAAGAAUGAAGGUGGUAGAGAUGGGUGGAGCUCAGGAACUUCUGAAUGUAUUGGAAGGUGCUAAAGAUGAUAAAACACGAAAAGAAACUCUAAAAGCUCUCGCUGCACUUUCAAAAUCUGAAGAAGCUGCAGGAUUUUUGGACAAGGCAGGUGCCUAUGCAAUAGUCAGUUCCACUCCCAACUCUGGAGAAUAUGCUGAGAUCCAAACUUACAAGACUAGUCUUCUGACGGCAUUUGAUCAACUGAAGUCAUGA